GGUCUCCGGCUGUCCCUGGCGCAGGUGGCGGCGCGGAGGGCUGAUGGACUGCCGCGGUGUGGUGGGGGCGUCGGGGUACUGCGAAGAGGGCGAGGACGAUGAGGACGACGAGGAGGAGCGAGAGGGUGGCACUGUGGGCUGCCUGGGGGCCAAACUGCCCCCCAUCGCAGGCAGCGCCUCAGAACUGAACAAACGGAAGGUGAAGAAGAAAAAGAAGAAGAAGAAGACCAAAGGGUCCGGCAAGGGGGACGAUAAACAGCAGGGUCGAUGCCUGAAGAGUCAGCAGCUGUCCUCAUCCUUUCAAGACAUCUUAAGUUCCAGCAAAGAUCAUGGCCCCAGGCAAGAGCACAAACAGGACAAAGGUGAAAACAAGCCCAUCCCGCCUUACUCCACUGUAAAUCUCCCCCAUUUCGCUGAAGUAGAAGAGAACCUCUCCAACCACAUCAACGAAAGCCUGCGUUGGGACGGAGUUCUCGCUGACCCAGAGGCAGAAAAAGAAAGGAUUCGCCUAUACAAGCUGAACCGGAGGAAGCGGUACCGCAUUUUAGCCCUCAAGGGCUUCCACUCUGACCUGGGUGGCGAGGAGAGCCCUGAGAACCUUCUGUACCUCUGCGAUAAAGACAGCAGCUCAGAUGGCAGGCCCUGCUUUGAAGGAAGCCUCGCUCCCAAGCUGCUGCCCUCUGACCUGGCUGCUGCUGUGCCAGAGUGAAAAUCCAGCCUGACGCUUUCCCCGAACCACCAGCUUUUGUGUUACCAAAGAAUAAUAAUAAAAGGAAAUCAGACUGUC